AAAAUGAUGGUGUAGCAUGGCUUGGGCUCGUUGCACGCGGGAGCACCGACGCACGUACUUGCGAAUGGAAAUUCAACUAGAUUUCGGCGCACAAGUCAUCGUGAAAACCGACUCCAAUUUCCGACCACAAGAAAACAAACAACUGCAAAGCAAAGAUGAACAGGAGUACUACUACUGCAAGCAAUGCAAAGGCUACUACUAGCCCAAGAUUUGCCGAAGAGGGGCUUCUUGCCAUCAAAGAAGUGGAGCGGCUGUUGUUUUUUACUGAUUUGAAGGACCAGAAUGCAAAUGAUCGUGAAGAUGGGUUGAAGGCGGUGAAGAAGUUGGACCGCUGGUUGUCGACCAAUGAGCUCGUGGGGACAAAUCACAUUCAAUGCAUUUCAAAUAGCCGAUCUAGAAGCGAUAUGAGCAAGAUGUCUACGGUCAGUUCUAUUUCUCACCCUACUUGCUCUACUCUUACUACGACACACUUGGAAGAUCAGGAGGGACCUUGCUCCGUGGAGUCGUUGCGCAAAGUCAUGGAGUUGAUCCGGGCUCAAUUGGAGGCUUCCGUGGAAUCUGGACGCCAAACUGUCAAGGAGGCAGAGCGACUUGUCUUUUUCACCGAUUUGGAUGAUCGUAAGCACCAUGGAAUAAUGACCGAUCCAUCUGAAACCCCAUUGGCCAAGUUGCAGCAAAUGCUCAAGCAAAUGGAAUUUGCCUUUACCAAACAGUUGGCUGCAAUGGGAAAACAGACUAGUCAGGUGUUGCAGGAAUGUGAAAGAACGGUCCUUUUCACGGAUGUGCCUGAUGAAAGCAAGAAGAUUGGCCACCGCUUCUUCCAGUACAAAAAACAGAAAAACAAGCAAGAGCAGAAUCCCCAAACAACAGUCCUGCAGGAAUUGGAGCGACAACUCUUGUUCACUGAUGUCAGUGCCUAAGCUCAAGUAAACGAGGAAGGUGCAAAGUUGGGUUUUCUGUACCGGUACAGGAGCAGAGGCACAACAAAGCACAGGCAAAGAGGACUUCAAGUAGAACACUGUUGAUUCGAUUCCUACCUUAUCAGCUAUCUAUCGUGCCAGUCAACCAGCCAGCUUUCACCAUUCCGUACAGUAUCAGUAGUCAAUCGAUAAAAAAAGGUAAUCCAUCAUGUUUAUGU